AUGAUGCAUCCUCAAGUCUUCAUUUCAAGCCUCAUACUACUUCUCCCAGGUGCUCUGGGUUCUUACACAGUAGUGGAAGGUGUGGUGGGUCACCCUGUCACACUGCCAUGUACUUACUCAACAAAUGGGGGAGUCACUACCGCAUGCUGGGGCCUCGGGGAAUGUAAGUCUUUUUACUGUGCAAGAACGCUUAUCUGGACCAAUGGAUAUCAAGUCUCCUAUAAGAGGAGCAGCCGAUACCAGCUAAAGGGGCAUAUUUCAGAAGGAAACGUGUCCUUGACAAUAGAGAAUGCUGUUCAGAGUGACAGUGGUCCAUAUUGUUGUAUAGUGGAGAUUCCUGGAUCCUUUCGUUAUGUGACCUAUUCCUUGGAAAUCAAACCAGAAAUUCCUACAAGUCCUCCAACAAGACCCACAACUACAGCAAGACCCACAUCUACAGCAAGACCCACAUCUACAGCAAGACCCACAACUACAGCAAGAACCACAACUACAGCAAGUACCGCGACUAUUUCAACAAGACCCACCCAUGUACCCACAUCACCCCGAGUCUCCACCUCUCCUCCAACACUAACACACAUGCAGACUCACACAGCAGAACCCACUACAUUUUAUCCACAUCAGACAACAGCUGAGGUGACAGAAACCCCAUCCUAUGCUCUUGCAGAUUUGAAUUACACUGUGACAUCCUCAGACAACUUUUGCAAUAAUUACCCUGAAUCGAUCCCUUCACAGAAGCAGCAGAACAUGACUAAUGACUUCUAUAUCAGCAUCUCCAUCGCUGCUCUGCUGCUGCUGCUGCUGCUGCUUGUGUGCACCCUGGCUGUCACCAGGUACAUCCUUAUGAAAAAGAAGUCGGGGUCUCUAAGCUUGGUAGCAUUCCGUGUCUCUAAGAUGGGAGCUUUACAGAACACAGUGGUUGUGUGGCCAUGA